GGUCGAAGUACCGAUCUGCCCCGCGCUUUCCGGUUGUGUUGGAAGCGACUUCUGGGCUCUGGUGUGGCCGCCAUGGGGAAAGUAAAUGUGGCCAAGUUGCGUUACAUGAGCCGGGAUGACUUCAGGGUUCUGACCGCGGUUGAAAUGGGCAUGAAGAACCAUGAAAUAGUUCCCUGCAGUUUGGUUACUUCCAUAGCCAGCCUUAAACAUGGUGGCUGUAAUAAAGUUUUAAGAGAAUUAGUGAAACAUAAGCUCAUAGCUUGGGAGCGUACCAAAACUGUCCAGGGUUAUCGAUUAACAAAUGCAGGCUAUGAUUAUCUAGCUUUGAAAACACUUUCUGCGAGACAGGUGGUUGAAUCUGUUGGAAGCCAGAUGGGUGUUGGCAAAGAAUCUGAUAUUUAUAUAGUUGCAAAUGAAGAAGGGCAGCAGUUUGCAUUAAAACUUCACAGACUGGGAAGAACCUCUUUUCGAAAUCUGAAAAACAAACGUGACUACCAUAAACACAGGCAUAACAUGUCUUGGCUUUAUUUAUCUCGUCUUUCUGCCAUGAAAGAAUUUGCCUAUAUGAAGGCACUGCAUGAGAGAAAAUUUCCAGUUCCAAAGCCAAUUGAUUAUAAUCGCCACGCAGUGGUCAUGGAACUCAUUAAUGGCUAUCCUUUGUGUCAGGUACACCAUGUUGAAGAUCCUGCAUCAGUAUAUGAUGAAGCUAUGGAACUAAUAGUCAAACUUGCCAAUCAUGGACUGAUUCAUGGAGAUUUCAAUGAAUUCAAUCUCAUUGUGGAUAAAGAUGACCACAUCACCAUGAUCGAUUUUCCACAGAUGGUUUCAACUUCUCAUCCCAAUGCUGAAUGGUAUUUUGACAGAGAUGUUAAGUGCAUUAGAGAUUUCUUCAUGAAACGUUUCAGCUAUGAAAGUGAGCUUUAUCCAACCUUUAGUGACAUCAGGAGAGAGGACUCCCUUGAUAUAGAGGUUUCUGCCAGUGGUUACACAAAGGAAAUGCAGGCAGAUGAUGAACUUCUUCAUCCAGAGGGUCCAAAUGAUAAAAAUAAUGAAACAGAGGAGGGAUCUGAAUCCUCAUUUUCUGAUGAAGCGAUGUCACAAAAAGCAAAAGUUUAUAGAUCAGAAAAUGAAAGUAAACAAAAAUGUGUAGAUCUCUCUGCUGACUGCUAUUGUAUGUCAUCUGAAGACCUUGAGCAAAUUAAGGAAGAUGAUUUGCCAGAGGAGGGUGCAGGUGCACACAACUUUAAAAUGACUGGAUUCAAUCAAGCUUUAGAAGAAAUAAAAGAUCAGGUGGUAAAAAAUAAUUCUGUAACUGAAUUUUCCGAGGAGAAGAAGAAAACUGGAAAUGAUGUCACUGGGUUCAGUCAAGCUUUAGAAGAAAUAAAAGAUCAGGUGGUAAAAAAUAAUUCUGUAACUGAAUUUUCUGAGGAGAAAAAGAAAACUGGAAAUGAUGUCAGGCAAGAUGAUCAGACAGGUCAGGGAGGAAUCCCUGCCGGCUCUGAAGAAUAUGAAGAUGAAUGUCCUCAUCUGAUUGCCUUGUCACUAAACGAAUCCAGGCCUAUCAGAGAAGAAGAAAAUAUGGAAAAUAUUAAUCAAUGUCGAACAAGAACUCUGAGUGUUACCUCUAUGGGCAGUGUGUUAAGCUGUUCAACAAUUCCUCCGGAACUGGUGAAACAGAAGGUGAAACGUCAGUUGACAAAACAACAAAAAUCAGCUGUCAGACGUCGACUGCAAAAAGGAGAAGCAAAUAUAUUUACCAAACAGCGGCGAGAAAACAUGCAAAAUAUUAAAUCAAGCUUGGAGGCAGCUAGCUUUUGGGGAGACUAAUCUAUCUGUGAUCUUGAACAAUGUCUGUAUAUUACUUAAAAAGUUGCUAUGACCCCUAUUUAAGCCUCCUUAAAGUCUGGUUUUUGGACAAGGGCAAUUAUAUAUAUAGUAAAUAGAAUCUUUUUCAUCUGUAAAUUUGACUCAUUCAUUGUUUCUUGUAAAGACUAGUUGUAAUAAUUCUGCUAAAGCACUACAGCUUUCCAAGUAAUUAUACGACUAGUAAAUCUGCUAAAAAAUCUAUUUUUUUUUUUAAG